GAGUUUACGAACUGUUAUAAUUUUAGAAGGUUGUAUACGAUUAAUAAGAUUUUUAUUGUUGUUUGUGACAAAAAAUUAAAUUAAUAAAGUAUGAUCGAUAAGAAUUAGAUUGAUAAAGAAAAGAUGUCAAAAAUAUUUUGAAAGUUAUGAAUAUCGCCAUGAAUCGUGUAAAAGUAAAUGUUAGAAAGAAAUGUCCCUUUAUGGAGAAAUGUUAUCGAAAAAAUCCAAUACAUUUUGCAGAAAUGUCACAUCCUCAUUUCGAAAGAUUGGUAAUCGAUCAAUUGGACGAUACAUUAAAUAUACCUGAUGUUCUUGAUUUUGAAUGUGAUCGAUCUCAAUUAUUGGAUCAAUUGAAGGUUAUACAAAUUGUAAUGAGAAAAGAAAGGGAUAAGGACAGAGACAGUUUCUUAAAAUUAAAGAAAGACUUACUUUCAACAGAUGUUACAAACAAUUCUGCUACCUCAAAAAGUCCUAAUAAAGUAAGUAAGUUAGAAAGUAACAGAUUAGAUUCUGAAAGUCAGCAAAGCUCAAGCUCAUCGGUAUCUAUAAUGGAUACUUAUGUAUCUUGUAAAUUGAAUAAAGACAGAGAAGAAAUACGAAGAAAGGCAAUAAAAAGAAUGAAACAGCAAGGCUUCGAAGUAUCUUUAGUGGAACCUGGAGAAUUUGCUAUUAAAUAUGCUCUUGCUGCUCCUUAUUACAUAUUUUUUACAAGAAUAGAGAAGUCAUCAUCGACUUAUAAUCAAUCAUUUUCUAUAACCUUUCCUGAAAUAUUAGAUAAAAGUCUUGGAGAAAUAAAAUCUAGUUUACAAAUUACUUUCAUGGUCGAUGUUGGAUGGCUUUGCUUGCAGUAUUUAUUAGCAGGACAAAAAGCCAAUAUAACAAUUUUAUAUGGAGAUAGAGUAGAUAAGGAAAAAUUAGGUGAGAAUAUUACUUUGGUAUCUGUUCCUCUACCAACACCGUAUGGUUGUCAUCAUUCAAAGAUGAUGAUAUUGGAAUACAGUGAUGGCGGAAUCAGAAUUGUAGUGUCUACUGCAAAUUUAUAUUCUGAUGACUGGGAAAAUAGAACUCAAGGACUUUGGAUUUCUCCUCAUCUACCUUCAUUACCGAAAUCCGAUAACACGACUAAUGGAGAAUCUAAGACAAAUUUUAAAAGAGACUUUCUACAGUAUUUGAAAACUUAUAAACAAUCAGCUUUAAACAAAUGGAUUGAUAUAGUAGAAAGGGCUGAUUUUUCAGACGUUAACGUUUUCUUCAUUGCCUCCGUACCUGGUAGUUAUCGUCAGACCAAUGUAGAUACAUGGGGUCAUAGAAAGUUGGGUUAUGUUCUUUCCACAUAUGCUAGUUUACCACAAAAUGCAUUGCAUUGGCCAAUAAUUGCACAAAGUUCCAGUUUAGGAACCUUAGGACCGAGUUAUCAAAAUUGGUUAUCAACAGUUAUAGUGUCAUCCAUGUCGAAGACAAAAGAAUCGAAAAUUCUUCCGAACUUUCAAUUUAUCUUUCCUACUCAAAAAAAUUAUGAAGAAAGUUUUGACUGUCAGAAUGCUUGUUGCUGUUUAUGUUAUAGAAGGCAAACUCAUUCGAAACAAGAAUGGAUCCAAGAUUAUUUAUAUCAAUGGAAAGCUUCGAAAACAUUCAGAGAUAAAGCAAUGCCUCACAUUAAAUCUUACACGAGAUUGUCUCCUGAUUUAAAAAAAAUGGCUUGGUUCGUGCUUACCAGUGCAAAUUUGAGCAAAGCUGCAUGGGGAACACAAACGAAUUAUAUUGCGAGUUACGAAGCUGGUGUAUUAUUCCUUCCUACAUUUAUCAUCGGAGAAACGACAUUCCCUAUAGAAAAGGAAAAUGACGAUUCGAAUAUUCAACCAUUUCCCAUUCCAUACGACCUUCCAUUAAUUCCUUAUGAGCCUGAGGAUAAUCCAUUUGUAAUGGACAUUUUCAACGAAUGAAAUAUUUUCCCAAAAUGAUUACAUAGGUAUGUUCGAUCUACGUUACAAUAGACGAUAUGUGAUCUUGUCAUUGCCCCUUCCACUUCUAUUUCCCCUUCCUUCUCCCACUCCGCUCCUUCUCCCACUUUACUAUAUUUAAUACAUCUUUUUUAUAGUGUGUACUCAACGAUAUGUCUACAAAUAUGCUCAAUGAAUGAUAUGUCCUCAAAUAUUUUUAAAUAAAAAUUUAUUUCAACUUAA